AUGCUUCUUUCCAUACAUGUUAGCUCCGCCCCGGCCCCGGCCCUUCUUUUCUGGCAGCUGGACUGCCGGUCAGUGUCAUUGAGUGACUAUAUCCUCGACCCCACGAUACCAAGAAGUUCGGCGACUAUUCGUACCAGCAAGGACCGGGUUGUUCCCCGCCUUUUCCUUCCAUCCAAAAUGUUCAACGCUUCCGCCAUCCGUGGCCUUGGCCACCUCAUCCUUAAUAUCAUCCGCGCUUGCAACAUCAUCACCCUCCUCUCCGUCGCCGUCGUUGCAUGGAUCAUGAUUGUCAUGACGGGCAUCCGCGACCAGUUCUUCUUCUUCGAUGCCGCCUCGCACUUCUUCACCAGCUGCAUUGCCAUUGUCCUCAUCAUCUCCGAAGUCAACCUCUUCAGGCCCUACUUUGCCCGUCACUGGCCUGUCUUGUCUGACCUUCAUGGCUUCACUUGGCUCGGCAUGGCCAUGAUCGUGAUGGGCUGCCACGUUCUGGGAAAUCUGAACAAGAGCGCCACGAGCCCCGAGAACGUCGGUGCUCCUAUCCACCGCCUCAUCUUGGCCACGGGAAUCCUCGCCCUCACCUUUGGCGUGGCCAAUAUCGCGGCUUCCUUCUUGUUCAGUGACCGCAAGAACAACAUCAAUGCUCGCAUGAUUCGAAACGACGGCAACUUGGCCGCCUCCACCUCCUCCAAUGGCAAGGCCCCCGGAAUGACGAUGCCAGCUCACACCGUUCCAACUCCGUUCACCUUUGCCGGCGGCCGCAAGCUGAAGAUUAGCAGGCCUAUUCCUCAGCAGCCCGAUAUGGAAUCCCAGUACCCCGUCGACGACUGGCGCCGAAACUCCAGGAGUAGCCCCAUCCUGCCCGAUAUCAAGAGGCCAGACACCGCUCUUCACCCCAUGCAUACUGGCGUCACUCGCUACAGCGAGGUGUCUCACAUCCCCAGGUUUUGA